AUGAAGCUCCUCACCAUCUUCCUCCUUGCCCUCAUAGGCUUCCUCGAGAUCGCCUCAGGCGCCGCUAUCACGGGCGUUUCCGACGAUCUGACCGGAUUUGCCGUCAGCGGAGACUGUCGCAACGGCGACGAGAAGUGCUCCAUCCUCCCCAUCAUCCUCCUCGGCCGCCACUCCAUCAAGCGCUGCAUCAACCACAACUGGGUUGAUGUCGAGAUCUGCAACGUCGGGGUCAUCUGUACUUCGGACCCUUCACCUCACUGUACCCUCGCGACCAUCAAUGGUGAGAUCGCUGACAAGGACGAGACACCUGUUGUCGCCGCCAACGAGAUCUCAUCCAGGCAACAGGUCUGUCUUGAAGGGACUCUGCAGUGCGCGUACCUCGAUCCGAUCAAGCGGCACAUCAUCCAACGCUGCUAUAGCCGCAAGUGGGUGAACAGCAAGGUCUGCGAAGCGACUGAGAAAUGUACUGGCGGCGCCGCGCCCCAGUGUGUCGCUCAGACCAUUGUCUCCCGUGAUGAGACCGACGAAGAGAACACCGACGAAGACAACAUCGACGCCGUAAGUCCCUCGUAG